CAAGAAGAAUACUCGCCACAGAACAGGACGCCGAGGUCCUCUGAAAGCGGCCUAUUGACAACCGUGGUGAGAACAAAGAAAGAAAAGAGCCAUUGUGCUGACGAAGCGCACGUGACGGUGCCGCGCUGGGAGCACGCGUCACCUAAUUAGAUUUAUUGUUCUCUUUCACUCACCAUCCUUGCCACUCUCAUUCAUACUAACGACCAACAAUGGAGGCUAUGCGCAAGCGAUUCAUGGACGAAAUGCCACCCUGGGUCAAGCACAAUAAAUUUGGAGACAUCGACGGCUACCCGGUAGGAUCUCACUGGAAUACCAGGAAAGAGUGUGCAAACGCCGGCGUGCAUACUCAACAUACCGCAGGAAUAGUUGGCAGUCUUCAUGAGGGCGCAAUCUCGGUCUGCACGUCCAGAUAUUACGGCGAUGAUGAUCUUGGGGACGUUCUAAUCUACGUUGGUACCGGAGGGCAACGGAGUCAAUUUGGCAUACCCACCGGGGAACAGAUCGAAAAUCAGUCCUUUUUGCACCCCAGCAAUGCGGCUCUCGCUCUAUCCAAAGAGAAGGGCAAUCCAGUGAGAGUGAUUCGCGGACCUGGCAAAUCUGUAUAUGCACCCGUUCAGGGGUAUCGAUAUGAUGGCCUGUACACGGUCGAAGAUUAUUGGUACGACAAGGGGCCUGAAGGAUUCCUACAGUGCAAGUUUAGGCUCGUCCGCAAACCGGGUCAACUCCCUCUGCCUCGCCCCUCCGCCAAAGGGUCGAGGAAGUUCUAGUCAACUUGAAUGAUGACGAUACCUCCAUUUAUUCAUCGUUCCUCCCAUCUUUUUCCAUUGGUUAAUAAUGUAGAGUAGAGUAACGGACAUGUAUGAUACUCUGCGCCCCCGUGGUGGGCUAAUUGAUUAGUUUGAUUCUGCGGUUGGCCGAAGCCGUGGCCCUGACAUGGGUGAUGCAGGUCUGGUGCCCAGCAAUACAGG